GCCUGUAGUGGCUAGAAGCGACAAAACUGCAAGGACUGCCAUCAUUGACUAGUGGAGUCUGAAAGCCUGAAACCUGGCUGGAAACAUACUCCCCCUCACGACGAACGGCGGAAAUGACGGCGCGCCAAUGACAGACCGUGAAAGUGGAAGAUCAUAAUGAGCUCUUAUUCAUCAAAGAGCCUAAAAAUAAAUCUGACAAAUUUGACAAAGGGUUGGUGAAAUUGUUUCAACCCAUAAUUUUAGUGUUGAAAUUUCUUGGUAUUAACCACUAAUUGUCCUUGAAGACCUUUCAGAAUAGAGAAGAUAGAAGAAGCAGUAGAGGUAGGACUAGGUGUUGGUCAUCAGUGGCACAAGUGGCGGAGACGACGGCAGGAGACGGUUGCCGGAUACGAUGGCCGGAGACGACGGCCGGAGACGGUGCCAGUGACGGAAGGCCGGUGACGGUGGCCAACGACGGCUGACGACCGGAGGCGAUGGCCGGUGGCGGCGGAUAGCUGUGACGGUGGCCGACAGCAGUGGACAGCUGGCAGGUGGCGAGCGGCAACGAGCAGUGUGGACAGCAACAUCGGACAGAUGCGAAGCAAAAUCUAGAGAUUGCCCAUUGAAGUAUAAAGGCAAAGGUUGAAAAAGAAACCUUUAGGGGGGCGCCGCCAGUGGUGGUGGCCACUGGCAGCAACAAAGACAAAGUAGAAAAGAAUAAAAAAACCUGAUCUGAUACCAUAUAUUGGUGUUAUCAAAAAAUUCUUCCACUUUGUCUACUAUAAUUAAAGAGAUGCAUGAGUCUCACGAAGUACGCUCACUUUUUGGCCCUUGCUCAUCUCUUUACAACAGUCGAAGUUGCUCAAUUGUUAAGACCUAAUGAGAAGCUUAGACCCAGAUUUUACGGUCCUUAUGUAGUCCAGGAACGCAUAGGACCUGUAGCUUAUAUGUUGGACCUUCCUGCCCACAACAGAAUUCACCCAGUCUUUCAUGUCCCCUCCUCAAACGUGCUGUCCAACCAACCACUACAGUUCAACCUCUUCCCCCUACACUUACCGAGGAAUUGAUGUUAGAGGUUUCUCCAUUGGAGCUGCUUGAUGUUCGCACGUCUCCAACGGGCGAUUUGAAGGUUUUAAUUAAAUGACAACACUUACCAUCCAUUGAAAACAAUUGGGAAUCUGCAGCAGCCAUCAGUACGGAGUUUCCUGCUUUUCACCUUGAGAACAAGGUGACACUUCAUGGAAGGGUAUGGAUAGGAUUUUAAUGGCUGGUACUAUCAAAGUUGUACUUAUCGAUCCGGAUAUAGAGAUUCAUUAAUUGUUCCGCAAGUACAUCGAUGAAGUGGUAUCCCGGGAGUCAUNUGUGGUCCACCAACUUACAGCAUACACAAACUCUUCAAAUGCUAUAGUGGAUAUUAUGAGGAAUUCAAAUGUGGAUUUAAUAAUUGCGGAGACACAUAUGCCAGGCAUAAAUCCCCUAAAUGCUUAAAGUAUAAUUUCGUUUCUCAAGAAACAAAACAUCAACAUUCCUGUAAUAGCAAUAUCCGAUCACAAUGAACACUUUUACUGAAUGUUUUCAAGCGGGAAUAGAGGAUAGGUGGGAGAAACCUGUCAAUAGUAAAAAAUUAUCGUACUUGGUGAGCUAUGUUCGAAAGCAUAGAGCCUUGGAGGCCCUAAGUAAAGAAAAAGCCGCCUUACUCGAAGAAAAAGCCCCUGAUAAGGAAAAAGCCGCUUUAUCUGAAGAAAAAGCCCCUGAAAAGGAAAAAGCCACCAUACCGGAAGAAAAAACUCUGAUAAGGAAAAAAAACAGGAAGGAGUGGACCAUUGACAUGAAAUCACAAUUCGAGUUGGCUAUUGAAUCUUUUGGAUCAACUGCUACCCCUACCACGAUCAUGAAAGCAAUGAAUAAUCCACAGGUGCAACUUAGCCAAGUGCAGAAUCGAGUGAAGACUCGCAGAAAACAGGAGAAGAAAAAACCGCAGCUGUUAGAAGAGCAGGUGCAGCAACACGAGCUGUUAGAAGAGCAGAUGCAACAACACGAGUUGUUAGAAGAGCAGGUGCAGCAACAGCAGCUAUUAGAAGCGCAGGUGCAGCCCCAGGUGCAGCCGGAGCCAGAAUAAAUAUAAAAUUUGUAUUCCUAUACAGUGAUUCUGUUAAUAGAAUUCAAUGAGUUUUCUGUGUCUCCACACUAUAGUUUAACAAAUAAAUAGCACUGGUGGAUAAAUAAAUACUAGUCAGGUUGUUUCCAGCCAGGUUUCAGACUUUCACACUCCACUAGUCAAUGAUGACAGUCCUUGCAGUUUUGUCGCUUCUAGCCACUACAGGCCCCAUCAGUCAAUGAUGGCAUUCCCUGUAGUUUUGAUGCAAGCCCCAUCCUUACUUGAUGCCAAUCCAGUCCCUGCACUUUGUCAUUGUUAAUAAAGUCCCUUUCUACCUUGGCAGACCUGGUGGAUAAAUAUUCAGCCAGUAUCUUACCAUGUGUGUAUCCACCAGCUCGUGUUGUUGCACAUGCUCUUCUAACAGCUCGUGUUGUUGCACCUGCUCUUCUAACAGUUGUUGUUCCUGCACCUGCACCUGCUCUUCUAACAGCUGCUGUUUUUUUCUUCUCCUGUUUUUUGCGAGUCUUCACUCGAUUCUGCACUUGGCUAAGUUGCACUUGUGGAUUAUUCAUUACUUUCAUAAUCGUGGUAGGGGUAGCAGUUGAUCCAAAAGAUUCAAUAGCCAACUCGAAUUGUGAUUUCAUCUCAAUGGUCCACCCUUUCUUGGAAGAUUUUUUUUCCUUAUCAGAGGUUUUUUCUUCAGGUAUGGCAGCUUUUUCCUUUUCAGGGGCUUUUUCUUCAGAUAAAGCGGCCUUUUCCUUAUCAUGGGCUUUUUCUUAGAGUAAGGCGGCUUUUUCUUUACUUAGGGCUUCUAAGGCUCUAUGCUUUCGAACAUAGCUCACCAAGUACGAUAAUCUUUUAAUAUUGACAGGUUUCUCCCAACAAUCCUCUACUCCCGCUUGAAAAAAUUUAGUAAAAG